AUGGCACAAGGCAAACUGGCACCCAAAGCUGGAGUCCAGGGCCAAGAGAACUCUGGUCUGGCAAAACGUGCUCCACACGAGAAGACAUGGGUGGCUCCUGUCAGAGACCACGCUGUCCUCACAGAGAAGAAGGAAUUCGCCAAUGACAGCACUAUUGAGAGCCAGAUUGCUGAUGCAAGCAACCCUGAUGGCACUCACCGCCCCAGACGUGCUCAGAAGAGGGUGAACUAUACCGAGUGCGACAGCAAUGAGGAAGAGUCGACGAACAAGCCGUCCUCUUUCUCAGAGAACUCUUCCAGUGAAUUCCGCUACCCCAGGCAACAACGAAAAGAGGUGAACUACAUGGAAUGCGAAGAAGGACCGGACGACGAUUACCUCUUUUGCGAUGACUGCAACAUGGACUACCCUGGAGACUGUCCCGUGCAUGGGCCCCUUAUACAAGUCAAGGACACUCCAGUUCCCUUGGGUGACCCCCAGCGUGCCAACAAGACGGUGCCCGAUGGCUUGUGUGUUCACCGGUCAACCAUUAAGGGAGCCCAGUACGGUGUGUUCACCCUAAAGCGACUGUCCAAGAGGCUCUGCUUUGGACCGUAUGAGGGCAUCAGGGUGGGCAGCAGCGGUGCCAAUGGAUACACCUGGCAGAUUCGCCAUGGUGGCAAUGUGUGCCUGGUGGAUGGCCAGCCUCUGGAUCGCUCCAACUGGAUGCGGUACGUGAACUGUGCACCCCAGCAAAGCCAGCAGAACCUCGUGGCGUUUGUGCGCCAGGGAGCUGUCUACUAUCGCACGAACCGGGUGAUAAACGCCGGAGAGGAGCUGCUCGUGUGGUACGGGGAUGCAUUCGCCAAACAGCUCGGUCUGAUUGGAAACUCGGCUGUUGCCAGGGCACAGAAUAAGCAAGGUGCGAAAGAUGUUGUUUGCAUCUUUCCUGAACACACUAAAUGGGAUAACUUAUGUUCUUAUGUUCUUCUGUUUUAA